AAUUAGGGUUUUUACUGCUCGGAUUUAUUUCUGGUUUUUAGGGUUAGGGUUUAUGAGAGCAACGUCGUGCUGAUAACGUGUUGUAAAUGAAGUGUUGGGGAAAUACUUCUGUUAUCAUUACUGUCGACCAGAAGGUCCAUAUAUAUACAAGGUAUUAGACCGUCAUAAGAUCAUGUUUAUCCUAACAAGAUAAGGAUAAGGAUAAACACUAUGUUACAGAUAUACAUGGAAUAUAUACUAGAUAAACACAUAGUCUCUGGUUGUCUUUAUCAUGUUCCGGAUUGGGCCUGUAGUACGGGCUGGUCUAUGGUCGAUCAUCAUUUGGUUUAUAACAUCGGCUCCAUUUUUGCCUCUUUUAUUUGGGUUUUGCCUCCAUUCGAUCUGACCCAAAUACUAUUAAAGUGUUUAUAUCUUUAAAUAUCUCAAUCACUGUCUCGAUGAAACCACAUUUCGCAUAGAAAUCAAAAAACCUACAAAAACGAAUCUACGAAAAGUCCGUUCCUUUAACGUAAUCAUGUAUAGCUUUCCCUUUCUCCAAAUCUCCUGACCGUGCACUAGCCGAAAGAGUCGAGACGAUCGUGACGUUAUCAGGUUUGAAGCCACAAGCGACCAUUUCGUCGAAGAGGCUGAUCGCUUCUCUGCAACAGUUCAUCCAUACCCAGCGAUCGUUGGAGAUGGGCUUAGCACAGGCCCAUUAAGAGCUAAGCCGAAAAUCAGAUCCGGCCCGUUAAACAACAAUUGAUGAUUUCGCUAGAAGACAAAACAUACGUCACUAUAAAUAGAAGACGCCAGACUCAUUAAAAGGACGGUCAGAAACGUACAUAAAGUACAGAAAAGGAGAACAUCGCCUCUUCAUCACAGACAAAGUCUUGGAAGACCUCGACCACUAGGCGAGCUCGGCCCAGACGACCUCAAACCAUAAAAUAGAAAGAUACUUGUUUAGACGAACUGUUUAGACGAGCAUCUUUAGUUCUUGUAAUUGUCCGAACUUGUUUAUUCUUGACUAUUAAUACGAAAAUCUCCACCUCUUUAUAUCAUUUAUAAAUAUUACAUCACCGACCAGAUAUGGAAACAAUAAUUGGCGCCCACCAUGGGGCAGGAGAUUCUUCUUCACCUCAAGACAGCUCGGCAGUCACAGAACCCACAGCGCAACCAGACUCCCCGAUUUCUGCAACCAACGACCAUCCUGGAAUAACGAGCGCACAACUAGCUGCAAUGACAAUCACGGACCAUCUAGCCAACACCUCGACGCUAGUGGCGACGACCUCGGGCGAACCAUUAAUGGUGGCAACCUCGGACCAUCUGGGCAACACCUCAACGCUAGUGGCGACGACCUCAGACGAACCAUCAAUGGUGGCAACCUCGAACCAUCUAGCCAACACCUCGUCGUUAGUGGCGACGACCUCGACCCAGCCAUCAUUGGGGACAACCUCGGCCCUUCCAGCCAACAACACAACGUCUAUGGUGGCGACCUCAGCCCUACCAGCAGCAGUUACGACCUCGCGUCAUCUAGCCGACACCACGUCUCUCAUACCGACGACCUCGGGCGAACCAUCAAUGGUGGCAACCUCGGACCAUCUAGCCAACACCUCGACCCUAGUGGCAACGACCUCGGGCGAACCAUCAAUGGUGGCAACCUCGGACCAUCUAGCCAACACCUCGACGUUAGUGGCGACGAUCUCGACCCAGCCAUCAAUGGUGACAACCUCGGCCCUUCCAGCCAACAACACAAAGUCCAUGGUGGCGACCUCGGCCCUACCAGCAGCAGUUACGACCUCGCGUCAUCCAGCCGGCACCACGUCUCUCAUACAGACGACCUCAGUCCAACCAAUAAAUCUUGAGACUUAUGCUCGGAUCACAACUCCUGUGCAACCCACAAACAGGACAACACCUGUCGUAACCCCAGCUGCAACACAACCACCUAACACAAGAACGAUGUACUCCACUCAGCCAGACAUCUCCAUGAUCUUUCAGACCCUUCUCGGAAGGAUCGACGAGCUCGCUCGAGGAACGAACUCUCGUUUGGACGACCUCGCGUAUUCUAAGAUUGCUUGCAACAACCGCAUUAACGAACUCCAGUCUGUCGAGAUUGGCGCAUCAAGAUCACAACAAGUUGAUAUCACUCCACGACUCCAGCGUGUUCUUUUCAACGAUUUACCAACACCAAUGACCGGUUCAGGACAGCAGCGAUCAAUCCAAGCCAACGAUCUACGUGCACCAAUCACAAGUUCCGGACAAAAACAUCAGAAUCAUGUGAACGAAUCUUCAGCACCAAUCUUCAGCACGAAUCGACAGCAGCGCCCAAGUUAUCUAAAUGAUCAACAUCUUCAAAACAUCAAUUUCCCGCAUAUCACCAACAUGGAGACCCAACACAGAGACGACGACAUUGAAGAAAUGAGGGCUCAGCUGCAAAGCAUGAACUCCAAAGUCUAUCAGGCAACCAUCACAGCACCAGAGAUCGAUCGUGUACUCCGCGAGACCCAGAAUACACCUUUUACAUUUCGUCUCCUCAGUAUCCCUGUCCGACAUCAGAAGAACAAAAUCAAACUCCUGACUUACAACGGAACAUCUGAUCCAAGAGAGUAUCUAACCGCCUUCAGCAUCGCAACCGGGAGAGCCAAUUUCUCACCAGAAGAACACGAUGCCGGUCUCUGUCAAUUGUUUGUGGAAAAUUUGAGCGGACUCGCCCUCGGUUGGUUCUCACGCCUUGAAACCCUUUCUAUCGACAACUACAAUCAACUCUCGACGGCCUUCCUCAAACACUACUCGCUGUUUAUCCAACAGAGUGAAACUAAUGCCGACCUAUGGACUUUGGCUCAAGAACCUACGGAAACACAACGCUCGUACAUCGACAAGUUCAGAGUCAUCGUUUCUCGCAUCACCGUACUCGACGAAGCAGCAGUCCUCGCACUCCGAAAUGGUCUUUGGCACAAAUCACCAUUUCGAGAAGAGCUCAUGAAGUAUAAACCACAGACUCUGGAAGAUGCACUCCAUCGGGCGAUAACUUUCAUCGAAAUCGAAGAAGAUAAAGCUGCAUUCAGCAAAAAGCACGCAGCCACCAAAAAAUCAUCUUCGAAAGAUAAAGAGCCUGAUGAAUACUACGAACCUAGACAGCAUUAUGACAAAGCGUACAAAGAUGGAAAGAGCAGAAAAGCAUCCAAUUAUCAAAUCAGCGACCAACCAUCCAGUUGCUCCACAGGAAAGCACGCUCGCAACAGUCAAGGAUCAGAAGAUGCCCAGACAUAUUGCAGUUCUAUAAAAAAUAUAAAAAAUAUACCUAAGAAGAAGGCGCAAGCAAGAAGACCGGCGCACCCCAGAUGUACCAAAAAUAAGACUCCAGGAGGAUCCGCCCUUUUAAUCCAAGCAUUUACUUUCCUUGUAAAGGUGAACUACGGUCGGCUUGAUCCCCGCCUGUGGGGUACGUAGGCAACCUCUCACGAGGCUCAGUUAGUUCUAUUAAAAAAUUAUAUAUUCUUCAAACAAAUAUCAGGUAGGAUACGACCAUCUCUCACGUAAAAAAAUACGAGAUCCGUUCUCAGUGCUGCAGCUCCGCGCUCACACAAUCAAAUUUCCAAAAAAUACGAGAUCCGUUCUCAGUGCUGCAGCUCCGCGCUCACACUUAAUCAAAUUUGCAAAAAAAAAAAAAAAAAAUACGAGAUCCAUUCUCAGUGCUGCAGCUCCGCGCUCACACUUAAUCGAAUUUGCAAAAAAAAAAAUACGAGAUCCGUUCUCAGUGCUGCAGCUCCGCGCUCACACUUAAUCGAAUUUGCAAAAAAAAUAUACGAGAUCCGUUUUCAGUGCUGCAGCUCCGCGCUCACACUUAAUCAAAUUUGAAAAAAAUAUAUACGAGAUCCGUUCUCACUGUUGCAGCUCCGCACUCACACUUAAUCAAAUUUGCAAAAAAAAAAAUACGAGAUCCGUUCUCAGUGCUGCAGCUCCGCGCUCACACUUAACCCAUCAACUAAAAAAAAAAAAGUUCAUAUUUUCAACCUGAGUCAAUAAACGGGAUGCACUGCCAAACCUCCGAUCGCCUCACCUCAGUCCAACCCCGAGCCCUCGUCGCUUUGAAGUAUUCCACGCACUCACUAUCACUAGGAGCAAGAGGAACACCAACUAAAUGAGAGACGAGCUCGAACCAGAAGACGACGAGCUCAACCCACCUCACCACGACACGGCUCCGUCGACAAAUGGCAAGCUUGGGAUAGCAAGAGACAAGCUCGAACCAAGGGACGAGCUAGGAACGACAGGAAGCAAACUUGGAACAAAACUGAAGAGCUUGAAACAAAAGCCGAACUCGAAGCCACCAUUAACAAACUCAUAGCAUCAGAUGAGCUCGGAACAUCAGACAAGUUUGGGAUCUCCAGCAACGAAAUUGGAGCCACCAUUGAUGAGCUUGGGACGACAGGAGACGAGCGCGGGAUCUUCAACAACGAGCUUGGAGCCGCCAUUGACGAGCUUGGGAUGACAGGAGACGAGCUCGGGAUCUUCAACAACGAGCUUGGAGCCGCCAUUGACGAGCUCGGAGCCACCAUUGAAGAGCUCGGGACAUCAAGAGGCGAGCUCAGAGCCGCCAUCGACGAGCUCCAGAAAUCAAGAGGCAAGCUCGGAGCCGCCAUUAACGAGCUCAGAGCCACCAGCAACGAGCUCGGAGCCGCCGUCGAUAAACUCGGGACGACAGGAGACAAAAUCGGAACCUCCAUUGACGAGCUCUUCUCAAACCCAGCUCCUCCUUCGACGAGCUCAGCCUCUCCCAACGAACUCAGAACCACCAUUGACGAGCUCUUCUCCAGCUCAGCCCCUCCUUCGACGAGCUCAGCCUUUCACCGGUGACAAGCUCAGCUCCUCCUUCAACGAGCUCAGCCUCUCUUCCCCACACCACAGACCAAGACCAAACAACCCUUCCUUCAAACAAGCUCAGCCUCUCUUCCCCACACCACAGACCACGACCAAACCGUUUUAAAAAAAAAAAAAAAAAAGGAGCUCAGCCUCUCUCUUUCCCACACCACAGACCACGAGCAAACAACCCUUCCUUCAAACAAGCUCAGCCUCUCUUCCCCACACCACAGACCACGACCAAACCUUUAAAAAAAAAAAAAAAAAGGAGCUCAGCUUCUCUUCCCCACACCACAGACCACGACCAAACAACCUUUCCUUCAAACAAGCUCAGCCUCUCUCCCCCACACCACAGACCACGACCAAACCUUAAAAAAAAAAAAAAAAGGAGCGCAGCCUCUCUUUCCCAAACCACAGACCACGACCAAACCUGUUUUUUCAAAAAAAAAACAAGCUCACACCACAGACCACGACCACUAGGCGAGCACAACCUCUCCAACAAUUGCUUCCGCCUGUUUUCAACGAGCUCAGCCUCUUCUUUCUUACACCUCAAACCCACGACCAAAACCCCUUUUUCUUUAAAAAAAAAAGUGUCGGCAGGGAGAUAAAGAAAGGAGGAGGACCACCCAAAAAUAAAAAUAAAAAUAAAAAUACAAAUAAAAAGAUAAGAAAUAGAGAGAAGGAACCACCCAGCGAUGAGACUGUUCCACGACACCAAAUCACGAAAAGGCAUUGAAUCGAACAGCCCUCAUGCCCGAGCAACCUCACGUCUCUUUCCCCACCUAUUUCUUGCGAGCUCAUCGUCUUUUCGACUCCAUCUCUCCUCCGUCGUGUUUGCCGGACAGUCUCUUCAUGGCUUCCACCGAAAACCCUCCAAUCGUCUUUGUCCACGGCCAGCCGAGUUAAAUCUCUUGGGUGUUAUGAGGCGGGAGGAGGAGGAGAUAGCUCGAAGCAUGUCUUCCAUUAUAAGGAUUUUCGUUGUGAAAAAGCUGAGAGAUUUCUGUUGUGUGGAGUUUAUCCCUUUUGAAACUUUCUCCAAGCAUCUCUUCCAUUAUAAGGAUUUUCAUCAUCUUUCAAGAGAUUAAUAGUGAUCGAAUUUUUUGGGCUGAUUUUCUUUGACAUGUUUCAGUGAAAAAAUCAUUCUAUUGUUUAAUAAUAGUCUUCGUAGAUGUGUGAUGAUAUAUGCAGUGGAUAGCCAGACUUGAUUCAUGUUUCUGUUACUUAUGAUCAUUUAUGGGUGUAUGUUUACAUGACCUUGUUUUUGUUGCAGACUGGGAAGCCCGUGCAGGUCGUGAACCCAGUCAAUUACUCUCCGUUGAAGACUAUUUGACUAAACAAAGGAAGGAGUCAGGUUCUAAGGAGCUGUUCUUGAAUUCAGAGCAAAGAAAGGAGUCGCCAAGGAGCAGGUGUAUCUGGAUAACAUCCAAUGCAAUGAUCCGUAAUAGAAAUCAUUUUUAAGUUUUGAACUUUUGUUUUUCUUGUUCUCUUUUCAUUUUUUUUGUUUUCGUUUUGUCUAUAUCAUGCUUAAUGAUCUAGUAUGUUUUAGCUUGUAUCACAAAUUUUUAUUAGUUUUAUUUAUUUUUAUAUAUUAUUUUUCUCACUAA